AUGGAACCACUCUGGAAGGUCUACGCCAGUCGAUUGAGGGGUCCCCUUCCCACCCAUGCCUUCUACAGUCCGGAGCCAAGCGAUGAAAUCAAACCUGGUACAGUUGGCUACAUCGAUGGUAGUGGCAAUUGGCACAUGUUGGAGCAGAUUCCAGAGGCACAUGCUGGGGCGAGGUUUCAAAACGAGGGAGAGGCAUGGGGGGAAUGCGUGUCUCAAGGAGUCCAGAAAAUAAACAUACAGGGAGAUGCCGGGGUACCUCUGCCAACACAUGUACCGGGUGUAAUCCGGCUGCAGGCGAAAUACACAACAAACAGCGAGUCUGGUGCGAUGCUUGUGUGUAGGACCGACGUGACCAAAAGAAGUUGUAGAAAUGCACAUGCCACCUAUCGUUGGGCGACAGAGAAUCCAAGAGAGCGGCGACGACAGUUCGGAGAGGUUCUUCUGAACGAUUUCUACAUUGUCACUACCACCUGGAAUACUAGGGGUACGUUCACGGUGGCGUGGCAAGAUCUGCAAGCGAAUGCUGGGGUUUCCUUUGAGGUCGAGAUAUACAAGGUCCGUGUGGGUGCGGGUGCUGAACGCUGGGUGGAUGAGAGCAGCGGAGCAUGGAGAUCUACCAGAAUUAAUCAGGGUGAGCGUGUUGUUGGUUUCGAGGGUCGCAGAUUCAGAUACACCAUUUUCCUUUUCGGCUUGAUCCUAGGCGUAAAGGAGACUAAGCCUACGGGGAAGACGAAAUGGCUGAAAUGGCAAUUGUGGUUCAACCGCGCUAUUGGAAACGAGCGCGAUACAAGUGCUGCGGCGAGAGCGAUCACUCGCCGAGCAAACGAGCUGCGCGAAGAGAUGGUCAAACUGGCCAGCCUGCCAACAUACACAUGCGAAGUACUCAGUGAGAUGACAAAAUUGCAGGAGGAAGCCACAAGGGAGUCUGGGACAGAUCACUUCUUCUACGUGACCGGGGACGGCAAGAUCAUCGAAUUUAAGCUCCAAGAAGUCCCUGGGUCGGCUCCGAUAAUGCCUCCGUCCUCCCCAUUGGAGGUCGCACGAACAGCUCCAUCAUCUCUCAGUGAUGGAACCAUCCUGGGAAACAUGAGAGAUCUGAGCAUUGGCACAGCAGCAAAUAUCCAGACACAGUCCGCAAGGACGAGCUCGUAUCGCCAACCAGCCAGCUACAGCAACCAGCACGGGGCUUAUGAGAAUCAACCGGCCAGCUACAACACUCAGCCGUCCACUUAUAGCGAUCAACCGCCCAGGUACACGAGUCGGCCUUCAACUUACGAUACCAAGUCCAGCCAUGGUAAUAGCGAGCCCGCUUCGAGAAAUCAAGCCGUCGAGCGGGAUAACAUGUCGGCUGUUAAUCCAACAGUCCGCCGUUCCGUUGAACACACCCAGUAUCGCAGCUACAGCGGCAGCAAUACACGCGAAAGCGACAAGCGAAACAGCGGCACGAGAACCCACACGCAAUCUUACCAUCGAUCCGCACGUAGUGGCCGUGACGGGCGGGCUCCUUCGUUCGUACCCAGUGACGAAAGCGAUGACAGCAGUGAAGAAGAGUACAGUCGGGCAGGUAAGAGAAACGCGCAGCCUCGUCCACAGGGAACCAAGCGGGAAGUGCGAUAG